AUGUCCUGGCAGGUUGCAGUGUUUUUUGGUGGUCUGUCUAUCAAGAAGGAUGAAGAGGUGCUGAAGAAGAACUGCCCGCAUAUCGUCGUGGGGACUCCUGGCCGUAUCUUAGCCCUGGCUCGAAAUAAAAGCCUCAACCUCAAACACAUUAAACACUUCAUCUUGGAUGAGUGUGAUAAGAUGCUUGAACAGCUCGACAUGCGUCGGGAUGUCCAGGAAAUAUUUCGCAUGACCCCCCAUGAGAAGCAGGUCAUGAUGUUCAGUGCUACCUUGAGCAAAGAGAUCCGGCCAGUCUGCCGAAAGUUCAUGCAAGAUCCAAUGGAGAUCUUCGUGGAUGAUGAGACGAAGUUGACGCUGCAUGGAUUGCAGCAGUACUACGUGAAACUGAAGGACAACGAGAAGAACCGGAAGCUCUUUGACCUUUUAGAUGUCCUUGAGUUCAACCAGGUGGUAAUCUUUGUGAAGUCUGUGCAACGGUGCAUCGCCCUGGCCCAGCUUCUGGUGGAGCAGAAUUUCCCAGCCAUUGCCAUCCACCGUGGCAUGCCCCAGGAAGAGAGGCUUUCUCGGUAUCAGCAGUUUAAGGAUUUUCAACGGCGAAUUCUUGUGGCCACCAACCUGUUUGGUCGAGGCAUGGACAUUGAGCGGGUGAACAUCGCCUUCAACUAUGACAUGCCUGAGGAUUCUGACACAUACCUGCAUCGGGUGGCGAGAGCAGGCCGGUUUGGCACCAAGGGCUUAGCCAUCACAUUUGUGUCAGAUGAGAAUGAUGCCAAGAUUCUCAAUGAUGUGCAGGACCGCUUUGAGGUCAAUAUUAGUGAGCUGCCUGAUGAGAUAGACAUCUCCUCCUACAUUGAACAGACACGGUAGAGGACUCACCCAUUCUGGAAUUGGAUAGUCUUCAGGAGAGGACACCAGGCGUAGGGAUGGAGACACUACUGCCACCUGCCCCCGACAGCCCCCCCAUCCCUACCCUGAGGCUUCUUCCUUUUGCAUCACUAUCACUCCUAAACCUGUUCUGAUUUAUCAGGAUUUUUUUUAACAAAACUAAAAAUGAAACACAAAUGUGUCUCUGGAA